AUGGUAAAGAUGUUUUCAAUAUGUGGUCGCCUCAUUCGCGGAGCUUCGCGCCCAGCUCUACGCGACAGCAGCUCAUUCUACACAUUAGUGGGCUCCCAAUUCAGGCCAUUCACGGCAGGGACAGCUUCCGGCGAUGAAUCUUUACCACUUAAGGGAUUCAAAGUGCUGGACAUGACCAGAGUUCUUGCUGGUCCAUAUUGUACACAAAUAUUAGGAGAUCUGGGCGCAGAUGUGAUAAAAAUUGAACAUCCGACGAAAGGAGAUGAUACGAGGCACUGGGGACCCCCUUAUGCGAAGUAUAAAGAAGGGUCCGGAAAAGAAGGCGUGGGAGAAAGCGCUUAUUUUCUUUCUGUCAAUCGCAAUAAGAAGUCUCUCGGACUAUCUUUCCAACACAAAUCUGGUGUGGAUAUUCUUCACAAGCUUGCCGCAACGAGCGAUAUCCUUGUUGAGAAUUAUCUUCCUGGCACCUUGAAAAAGUAUGGCAUGGAUUUCGAAACACUUCACAAAAUCAAUCCAAGACUGAUAUAUGCCUCAAUCACUGGAUACGGCCAGACCGGACCAUACUCUAACCGUGCCGGUUAUGAUGUUAUGGUUGAAGCGGAGAUGGGACUGAUGCACAUCACUGGGAGUCGAGAUGGUCCGCCUGUAAAAGUGGGAGUUGCUGUGACCGAUUUGACGACCGGACUCUAUACCAGCAAUAGUAUAAUGGCUGCAAUAAUAUCGAGAAGCAGGACUGGAAGAGGGCAACAUAUCGACGUUGCGUUGAGCGAUUGCCAAGUUGCAACUCUCGCCAACAUCGCUAGCAGCUGUCUUAUAAGCGGAGAAAAAGACCAAGGAAGAUGGGGCACUGCACAUCCAUCAAUCGUACCGUAUAGGUCCUACAGGACCAAAGACGGAGACAUUCUCUUUGGUGGAGGGAACGACCGGCUAUUCGGAUUAAUCUGUGAUGGACUAGGCAAGCCAGAAUGGAAAGAUGAUGCCAAAUUCAAGAUCAACGCCCAGAGAGUCGCCAAUCGAGUGGAGCUAGAUGACUUGAUAGAAACAACUACUAAAACGAAGACGACACAAGAAUGGCUCGAUGUCUUUGAAGGCUCGGGGCUGCCAUACUCAGCUGUCAAUGAUAUCCAAGGUACGCUGAAUCACAAGCAUGUGCUGGCAAGAGACAUGGUGAAGGAGAUGAACCACGAUUGGUGUGGUGACAUUAAGAUGGUGAAUACACCUGUCAAAUAUAGUGAGAGCAAACCUAGUAUUCGGACUGCGCCGCCUAUUCUCGGGCAGCAUACCAAGCAAGUACUUAGAGAGGAUCUUGGACUGAGCGAAGAAGAUAUUGAGGCGCUAGUGGCGGAAGGGGCAGUUAAGUGA